ACAAAUGCGGUCACAUCAGUCUAUAAGGGAUUUUUUUUUUAUACUGUAGAUCAGUGGAAUAAACAGCCGAAAUGAUAUCAACAUACCAUUCGAUUAAAUCCAAUGUAGUUUAUCAUGAGAAAUACAUGUCUAAUGCAACAACAACAAAACACAUGUAAAAGCAACCCUUCUAGAAAAGUGAAGAAUAUUCUAAACAUGUCUCUUUGACACCUGGCGGAUGGAAGGUGCAACAACAGAAUCAGCAGCAGACGUUUUCUUACAGCCGCAAUCUACGAGCCACCAGAGGAGUGACUUGCACAGUUUUGAAAGCAAGCAGGGAAAAUGGCAGACGGCGAGGACGAGAAGCUACCGUCCGGGUGGGAAAAGCGGAUGAGCCGCAGUUCCAGUAGAGUGUACUACUUUAACCACAUCACCAAUGCCAGCCAGUGGGAGCGUCCGGUGGGGUCAGGUGAUGGGAGUGGCGAGCCAGACAAGGUGCGUUGUUCCCACCUCCUGGUGAAGCACAGCCAAUCGCGUCGCCCGUCCUCCUGGAGGGAGGAGAAUAUCACACGCUCCAAAGAGGAGGCCCUCGACCUCAUACAAAAGUACAUAGAGCAGAUGCAGUCAGGAGAGGAGGAGUUUGAGGCUCUGGCCUCUCAGUUCAGUGACUGCAGCUCCGCACGCAACGGAGGAGACCUGGGACUGUUCGGCAGAGGUCAGAUGCAGAAGCCGUUUGAGGAUGCGUCCUUUGCUCUGAAGGUGGGAGACAUGAGUGGUCCGGUGUUCACCGAUUCUGGAGUUCACGUCAUCCUUCGCACGGGAUAGAGACAAGGCUCUGAUACUCCCUGAAUACCCCCGUCACACCCCAUCACCCCUGAAUACCCCAUCACCCCUGAAUACUCCCUGAAUACCCCCGUCACACCCCAUCACCCCUGAAUACUCCCUGAAUACCCCCAUCACCCCCUGAAUACUCCCUGAAUACCUCCGUCACACCCCAUCACCCCCUGAAUACUCCCUGAAUACCCCCAUCACCCCUGAAUACUCCCUGAAUACCUCCGUCACACCCCAUCACCCCUUGAAUACCCCCAUCACCCCUUGAAUACCCCAUCACACCCCAUCACCCCCUGAAUACCCCCAUCACCCCUUGAAUACCCCCCGUCACCCCACCACUCCCUGAAUAGCUCCAUCACCCCCUGAAUACUCCCAUCACCCCUGAAUACCGCCUGAACACCCCCUCCACCCCGGAAAACCCCUCCUAUAUCCCACCCCCUCAAAUACCCCCUCUUGUCCUCCCUACUACCCUUAGAAGCCCCCCCACACCGUUCUGUUCUAUAUGCAACUUUACACUGACACCAUCAACACCCCUUAUCCCCUGUAUCCAUUGCCAUGGCUACAUCGUUGUGUGUGUGAAAAUAAGAGACCUGUCGUUAGUGACUGACUGACUGAGCGAAUGAGUGUGAGUCUGUGUGUUCACAUGGACCAUUACCCCUCCACCCCUACUUUAUCGUGUCCCUUCUCUGUUUGCCAAGGCAUUAUUCUCUCUCGAUGAUAACAUGUCAGAUGGUUAGUGGUAGACCAGUGUUCAAUACUCUCUCAUAGGAGACCGACACGUAGAAGGCUGACUCAUGGGAUUAUUUAAAUGGCUUUCCCUUAGGUUGGAAAAUAGUCAGGGCACAGUCCACUCUGUCUGCCAUGUUUGUAGUCCCCCCCCAUUCCAUUUACUGCUUCACUGUAUCUUCUAUGUUCCAGGGAACUACAUUACCCAGUAUGCAUGUGGGGAAGUGUUUUUGUAAGCUUGAAUCUGCCAAGAGGCACUUCAUAUGAUCUGUUCAUCUCCCACCAUUAAAGGACUCUUAUUUUGUAAA